GGCUGAGGAGCAGACCCAGAAGUUCCAGGCCACGGUGACCAGUCUGAAGAGCCAGCAUGGCUGUGUUAGUCAGCAGCUGCAGGACAGGAGUGCUGAGGUGCAGAGGCUCCAGAGGUCAUUGGCUGAGCUACAUGGGACGAGAGAUGGAGUGGGAGAGAGAGACAUCCGCCCUGCAGGGCCAGCUGGGCCUUGCCAGAGAGGAGCUCCACAGCGCCAUCCUCAGGCUUUGUGGUAGAGAAGAGGAGCUGAAGAGGCUGAGAGACGAGCAGCAUCAGCUCAAGGACAAGGUGAGGGAGAGCGAUGUGCAGGCUGUGUGGCUGCAGAGCCAGGCCGACGUGGUGGGUCGGGAGCUGUGUGUGUGGAGGGACCGCUACCAUGCUGCCUCAGAGGGACUGAGGCUGAGGGGGGCUGGGCUUGAGGAGGUGCAGAGGGCCAGGGACACGGCCCUCAGAAGCCUGAGACUACAGGAGGAGAAGACCCACAGUCUGGGGGCCGAGAGGCAGGAGCUGCAGCACAGCCUGGAGGGCCUACAGGACAGGCUUGCCCAGAAGGAGGAGAUGGUCGUGGCUCUCAGAGUGAAGCUGCAGGACCAUGAAGAAGACGCCCGUGUUCUCCGCCAACAGCUGCUCUCCUCCCAAGAUGCACUGCAGCAAGUUACUGUAGAGCUGAGGUCAUGUAAAAGAGAGAGGGAGAAGCAGGAUAGCCAGUGUGUGGAGACAAGAGGAGAGACUGCCGGAGAUGCCUGCAAUGCCCAGCUGGUCCAGGAGGAGGCUGGGGUGAGCAGGCUGAGGGGGGAGCUGCGUGAGGUGGGGGAACAGAGGGACAGACUGGCCUCUCAGGUGACAGAGAACCAGGACCUGAGCCAUGAUCUGGACCUGAGCCAUGACCUGGACCUGCUCACUGAGAAACACAAGGCUGCACAGCACGAGUGCAGGCUCAGCAGGAGCAGGCCCUUGGAGAGGAGGUGCAGAGGCUGCAGAAGGAGGUGAGCUGUCUCCAGGGCAGCCUGCGUUAGAGAGAGGAGGACAUGGAGGCACAACUACAGACAACUGGCCAGCUACAGCAGGAGAGGGUCAGCCUGCUCACACAGCGGGACAACCAGCAGGGGGCAGUGUGUGUUCUGCGCGGGGAGCUGCAGCGGUGGCAGGUGGAGGCCCGGGCUCAGCAGGAGAGCAGUGAGGAGGUGUCGGGCCUGAGGGCUGAGCUACAGGAGACCCAGGGCAGGCUGCAGCAGUGUAGAGGAACCAUGAAGCACCUCCGCUCUGACCUGGACCACGCCCAGAGACAGACCAGGCAGGCAGAGGAGGAGGCAUCUGAUAGGGAGAGCCGUCUGCGGGGCAGGAGGCAGAGUUGUCCAGGCUGAGGGCUGUGCUGCAGGAGGCUGAGAGCAGAGCAGCGGACACAGAGACAAGGCUGCAGCCCCUGACCCAGUCCCUGGAGCUGUACAGGGUCAAGUACCAGGCCUGCCUCACCAAGAUCUCCCAGCAGGACAGCACUCUACAGGCACAGGACGAGGACCUGAAGGAAGCCAGGGCUCAGGUCAGCUCCCACGUCAUCCUCACCCUGCAGGAAAACUAAGAGCUGAUACUGAAGCUUUUUCUAGUAUUUCCAGAGGUUCUGUCUGCUAGAGGUUCUAUCUGCUAGAGGUUCUAUCUGCUAGAGGUUCUGUCUGCUAGAG